CAGGAUGAUGAUCGCAGACAAAGCUGGGUGGGGACGCCGCUCCCUGGGCUGCCGCUGAGCCCGCCGCCCCUCCCGGAGAAGGCGAGCUCCAGCUGUUCCCCCCGGGCGAGCCGCGACCGGAGCUAGAAGGUAUUGACUAUUGAAGAUCCGCAGACCUUCCACUAGAGAAGCAACUCACGGAAAAGACCGUUUUGCACAUCUGAAAAGCGCAACCGGCACUCAGAUGGCCAGCAACAACACCGCCAGCAUAGCACAAGCCAGGAAGCUGGUGGAACAGCUGAAAAUGGAGGCCAACAUUGACAGAAUAAAGGUGUCAAAAGCAGCGGCAGACUUGAUGGCAUACUGCGAAGCCCAUGCCAAGGAAGACCCUCUACUGACCCCGGUGCCAGCUUCAGAAAACCCCUUUAGAGAGAAGAAGUUCUUCUGUGCGAUUCUGUAAGCCCUCCAUGAGCCUGACAUGCACUCGGCCCGCUCUGAACACUGAUGUAGCAUUUUUAGCAAUGUGGACAACUUUCUAGUCCACAGAAUUUAAAAAAUAACAAGGCCUGGAAGAUCCGGAGAUGUGCAUGUUUAAAGAAACUGGUCACCUUUUUGGGGAAUAAGAUCUACAUCGUGAGGCAGAAGAUCUGAGGUCUGCAGAGUUACCGAGAUAGAAAAAUAUGUAAAGAUUAAAUGUGUGUCACUUUUCUGCUCACAAAAAAAACCCAACAAAAAACAAACCCUUGUUUGAUUGUUCCAUAUUUAAAAAAGACACUUGUGCUGAGCAAGGUAAAGGUUGAGGCUGUGUAUAACCUCAUUGGAAUGAUUAUCGUUGGGUUUUUCCAAAUAAUACUUAUUUAAGUUGAAUUGUCAAAUAUCACAACAGGCUAGAUUAGUAUUAUAUUACUUAAUGUUCGGUCUCGUGCUUUUUUUGUUUUGUUUUGUUUUUGCAUUAGAGUAGCACAGAGAUGGAUGGGAUUCCUCAAAAGAUAACAAACUAAACCAUUUAGCAAGGGCUUAGUCAGUGAUACUUCACAUCUGCAGUGUGAACACUGUCUGUCUGUGUGUUUCUCGCAACCUAUUACCAUGACUUCUAACACUUGUAUAUGGUAGCUUCAAUUGUAAAAGUAAAUCGGGUGUUGUGAUUGG